UCAAAAUUACAAUUAAAAACCAAAAAGAAGCAAUAAAUUAAAACAAUACUGGCCAAAGCUAUUAUCGGCCCUCGAUUUUCCUUAUCCAAUUUACUUUCCUCCAGCCGUAAGCGUCUCCUUUCAAAAGUUCCUGCCGUUACUCGUCACUCCCCACUCCUCAACUACCUUUUGCCCAAAGUAAUUAAAAAAAAAGAUUCAACGAAAAACCCGCGAGAGUUUCUUCAAAAAUUUUCUCCGCGAUUUGAUGUUAUCUUGGCAAACUCUAACCAGCGUCACCGCUCCAUCAUCGUCCUUAAAGCGGUACCUUUUAUCCGGUGCUUGCUCACCCUCUUCUUACGGUAUGUUAAGAACCACAGCCACUCUCAAGGUUCCCGGUAUUCCUCCGAGACUCCGGGCCAUAUCCACUGAUACAUUAGAAUCCAGAAACGACGGCGUUAAAUUAACGCAGAGCGAUACCGACGAUCUUGUUCCAAGAACAAAAAAUGAAGAAGAUGAAGAAGAAGAAGAAGAAGAAGAAGAAAAACCAGGGAUUUCAAGAAUUCAAGUGUAUAGACAGAAAUACAUUCCGGUUUCCAAGGCGGAGCUCUUGGAUGCUAUUGUUUCGAGACUGUUCGAUUCUCAAGACGAAGAUGCUCGUCACUUUCGCCUUCUCUCAUCUUGUUUGGAUUCUAUCCUUCACGCUGAACACAAAAGCAUUUUGGAACAAAUGCGAACCGAUUAUUACUAUUCUCAUUCCACGGAGGGAAAAAGAAAGAAAACGUCCGUUUCAGAAGCGGAAGUUGUAGCCAACGGUGAAAGAUCUAAGUUGAUCGGGGAUAAUAUCGAAUCUGAAACGUUGUUUAAUUACAGUCUGGACUUGGGGAAUUUUCUAAAUUCUUCAGCUAAAAAUGUUAGGAGAUAUUCGGAUGACAAGUCCAGAGUUGCAGUUGCUACUCGUUUUCAAAGAGCUUUUAUGCAACUUCUUGAUGAUGCUCAGUUUGAAGAACUAUCAGUUAGGGAUUUGAUGUUGACAAAUGCCUUGAACACUGAUUAUCUCCUUACUUUGCCAAUAUAUGUUGACUGGAAGAAAGCAUCUGAAUCCAAUGCAAUUAUAUUCCGGCGGGGAUAUGCAACUGAGAGGCAAAAGGGUCUAUUGAUUGUUGAAAAGCUGGAUUACUUGCAAUCAAGACUCCUGCGAGGAAUCUUCUCCUUUAUAUCAAAACCAUUGGGAAAAGUUGGCAAAUGGAUUAAUUACAAUCUCAACGAGGCUUUCAAAGAUGCUUCUCAGAAAGAUGAAGCAGCAGACUGGAUUAGGAGAUUGAAGCUUUGGCUUGAGGAAGUGUCUCUCUUUCAACAGUCAUAUUUUAAUAAAGAACAAAAUUAUGAAAAUCUCCUGGGGGUUGACCAACUAUCAGAUCGUGAUCUUCCUAUUUGGCUGGCAGCACAGAGGGCAGUUAGUCGCUAUGAAGGAUUUUUGUCAGCAGUUGGACCCCGUGGAAGGCUUUUAAGGAAGUUGCUUGCAAGGGUUGGACUUAUAACUCCUACACCGGAAGCACCAUUUCAGCUUGACAGUGAUAGUAGUGUUUCUGAACCUUAUUUAAGGCCAACAUUCUUAUCAAGGAUAUCCCUCAGUGAUAUUUGGAGACCGGCUACAAGGAAAUAUUGUGGCAAUGAUGUUUGGAAAAUGUUAAAAACUUCUGUUUCCAUUCUCCUUUCACAGUCAAUCCUCCAGGAGCCAGCAUUUCAAGAAUUGAUUUUGCUUUAUACAAAGGAUUUUGCUGAAGGAGAUAUUGAAGAUAACUCUGAGGUUCAAGCAUUACAGUUAAAGAUCUAUGAGAGAAUUCCUAUUCCGGAUUUACCAGUUAUUUUUCCUCACAAAAAGCUGUCUUUCCGUAUCAUAGACACGGUACGCUUAGAUGUAGCCACAAUAUUGGGGCUUUCAGCAUUCUUGAUAAACUACAAAUUCGAGGACAUUUUAUCUUCCCCAUCAGCAAUAUUUCUUGACGUGGUUGCAAUCACUGCUCUGAUAAUAUAUGUGUCCCGUGUGGCAUUGGGUUACAAACAGACCUGGGAUAGGUAUCAGCUUUUGGUUAACAAGACCCUUUAUGAGAAAACCUUGGCAAGUGGCUUUGGCUCAGUUCAUUUUCUUUUGGAUGCUUCUGAACAGCAGCAAUACAAGGAAGCCAUUUUAACCUAUGCCAUCCUGCUUAACAUGGAGAAUGGCCAGGCCACUUGUUGCCAAAAGGUUGGAGACAAAUGUGAGAGAUUCAUUUAUGAUAUUUUUAAACUAAAGGUUGAAAUGCCAGUUGACAAGGCGGUGAAUACAUUGGUAAGGUUAGGUCUAGUUACAGAAAUAACUGUUGAUGGAAGACUCAUGCUUCAAGCUAUUCCUUGCCCUAAGGCAUAUGAGGCUCUUAAAGAUCGAUGGGAUGGUUUGCUUGGUUAAUUUUUGUAUACAUUUCCCAAAUUCCAUUAUCGCAAAAUGUUGCACAUCAGUUUGUGGAUGAUUCAGAAGUGACUCCUUUUGAAGUACAUUUUUAUCCCAUACCUGAUCUAUUGAAUUAUUAUCCCUUGGUUUCUACAAAAUGAGGAAUGAAGACGAUCUUUUGUCAAAUAUAGUAAUGUGUGUGAUAGAACAAACAACUUGAGGCAAGAUAACUUUUUUACCAUGGCCGCCGUAUAUUUUACAUCGAAUGUCAUUGACCGUCCCGUCAGUAACAAUAUGACCGCCAUGUUAGUAGACUUAACACCUGGUAAGUCAUUUGGUCAUGUUAUUGCUCGUGAGGUGUAAAAGGGUGAAUAAGCCAUCUGCUUUCCAGUUACCUCUUUCAUUCUUUUGCGUAUACUACGCUGACUUGAGUGUUAUCUCUUGAUUUUUUUUUCGUGACAGGUCAAGUCCAGUUAAACCUUAGACAGAUUCCUCAACUGCUCAACCGAAAAAUACACCAACACAGAGAUUGGAUAACAAUAUAACACGACCCGAACCAUGAUAGAAGCACUGCGAU